UGGAGAUGCUCUUAUGGGCGACAUAGUCGACAUACUAACCGAUUUGGGGUUGACCCGGGAAACGCAGUUUAGGAUUGAGGACAAAAGGGAGAAUCAACCACGGUGAUGCGGGAGCGGAGGAUCCGAUAUGAAUCCAGAGAGUCAAUCUUGGAGGAGAUGGAAAAGUUCUGCACCCUGUCGCAGAAGGAACAUCAAUCCAAUUCGAUCUCCGAUCUGUUCAAUAAGCUGCGACACAAUAUUUAUAGAAUCGCGUGCGAGAGGGAUUUCAAAUUGAGCGAGGUAAAGUAAGUCCAGGAGACGGACGAGGUGCUGCUGAGGAUCUCCAUGGAGACGGAGGACAAGACCAAAAUCAACUUGGAGACAGAGGAAACAAAAGAGAGGGACAAGGGGUCGCCGAGAGUUUCCAUGGAGAAGGAAGAGAAGCUCUUUCAUGACUACCGUCGCAAGUGGGAAACGUCGUGGUCCAGCAAGUUUGGACGCUGUGGUCGAUUCGAAGACACAACGUUAUUGAGUCCUAUGCACUUUACAUAUUGUGCACCGGGACGCAUCCCAUAUGCUGCUUCUACUGGGAGAACCUUGCAGUUCUACUCCAUCAAAGUCGCGGAAAUAAAAAAGGCUCUUGGGUUGACAUGGCCGCUGGAUGUGUACGGUGUAGUUGCUGCCCGAGACAAUGUGGAUCGCAAUCGCAACAUUAUCUUCCUGCGUGGAAGGGAUGACUGUCAAACACUCACUCAAAAGGAUCCAUUUUUGCGCUUGACUGGUCCGUCUCGUGCAAUUGUGACUCGGGACCCUAUUCACUUGGAAAUCGAGCUAAAAGCAAAGGGAAGAACAAAGUCUGAAGAUAGAGUGUUGAUGACCGAUACCUGGUAUUACAGGGAUAAUUAUUGUGGGUUAUGUACCCUAUAUACCCCUCUUGUCACUAACCUUUGCACGAUAGUGUUAAGCUCUGAGGAACUUGAAGAAUCGGUCCAGGCCACUAUUGUGGGUGUCCGUAUUGUUGAAGGUAGUUUACCUGCAAAAAAAAAAGAUAGUUCGCCUCCUUUUAAAUAUGGAUGUAGAGUUGUCUGCUCCUCAACACCUCUGAAUGGUAUAUUGCCUGAUUCUCAACAUAUUACUGAGCCCUCAUUUCGGCAAGUUGUGCUUCAAGAUGGAGCAAUGUCCGUGUGCAAGGAUGGUUAUCUUGAUUUGGCAAGGCAUGUCGUUUCUGUUGAAUUAGGCAGACGGCUCAAAGUUAUUGUUUAUGCUUACUCACGAUCUGGGGAUAUAGCUCCCCGCGGUCAUAUAUUCUUUGAUGCCCAAAAGAGCAAUGUAAGUCAUGGUUUAUGUUACAUUGAUGACUAUGAGGUGGAGAUCUCUGUUGCUUGGUCCUGCCUUGUUCGGGAGAAGCUUUCCAUAUUGAUGAAGGGGCGUGUCUAAGUAUCUUGGUGUCCAGACAUUAUGAAAGCUGUCAAACUAUAUGUAUUUAGUCUUCCAGUGUAUCAAUUCAUGCUAGUUAUGUUAUCGGAACUAUUUAUGUACUGGGCUGCUGGUACUGUUUGUCCUCACAAUAUUUCUGACUAUUUAUGUAUUGGUUAAUAAAUUAUCUUCUCAUGCA